UAGGUAUUUGUAAUAUUUGUUGAUGGUUUAUUGUUGUUUAAAGUAAUUUAAUUUAUUUGUAAUUAUUAAAUUCAUCAAACAAUCUAGAAAUGUCUCGUGGAACUAGUGCUGGUUUUGACAGACACAUAACUAUAUUUUCUCCUGAAGGAAGACUUUAUCAAGUUGAAUAUGCCAUCAAAGCAAUAUUACAAGGUGGACUUACAUCAGUGGCAAUUAAAGGAGUUGACGUUGCAGUAGUAGCUACUCAGCGAAAAGUUCCGGAUAAAUUAAUUGAUCCUACAACUGUGACUCAUUUAUUCCGGAUYACAAAAAACAUUGGAUGUGUUAUGACUGGAAUGACAGCUGAUGGUCAUUCUCAAGUGUAUAGAGCUAGAGCUGAAGCAUGUGAAUAUAAAUACAAAAAUGGUUUUGAAAUGCCUGUGGAAACAUUGUGUAGUCGUAUGGCUGAUAUUUCUCAAGUAUACACACAAAAUGCUGAAAUGAGACCACUUGGAUGCAGUAUGAUAUUAAUUGGAACUGAUGACAGAAAAGGACCUAUGGUGUACAAGACAGAUCCAGCUGGAUAUUAUUGUUCAUUCCAUGCUAUUGCGGUUGGAACAAAACAAACAGAAGCCAAUACUUAUUUAGAAAAAAAAUUGAAAAAAAAGAAGGAAUACUCAAAAGAUGAAGCUAUUGAAUUGGCCAUAUCGUGUUUGUCAAGCGUUCUAGCGGUUGAUUUUAAACCUAGUGAUAUUGAAGUUGGUAUUGUAACAACAGAGAACAAGGAAUUUGARGUCUUAAGCGAACAAGAAAUUGACCGUCAUUUAACGCAAAUUGCUCAAAGAGAUUAAGCAAGUACACUAAAAUGAAGAAUAAAUCUAAAGGUAUAAUAAUAUUGUAUUAUUUGUCAUGUAAUACUUAAAAAAAAAACAAUAAACAAUAAAAAUAAUAAUUCAUAAUUUUGUAUGGUGAAUGUUUUUCUUUCCAAUAGAUUAAUGUAUUUUUUAUUCAAUCAAAAUACAAUAUGUACUUAUAAUUUUAAACAUUUUUUUUACAUA